AUGAAUGUUGCGAUCUUCGAAGUUCGUUUUGGUAUCGGCGAUGAGGGCGAUCAUCCAAUUGAAGCUCUUUCUUUUCAUCAACCAAAGUUUUGUCCAACAGCCACUUGGAAUUCUAAUGGAAUCACUUGGGCUAAUCGACCAAUUGUUGGUUCUCAGCGUCUCGCCAUUUUUGUGAACAUGAACAACACAAUCUAUGUCGCUAAUGGAGCAAAAAACCAAAUUUUAGUGUGGCAUGAAGAGAAUGUUAAUCCAACAACGAUCAUUUCUGGCAGUUUUACCAAACCCCGUUCUCUCUUCGUAACAACGAAUGGUGAUAUAUAUAUUGAUAAUGGACAAACGAAUGGUGAAGUGCAGAAAUGGAUAGCCGAAACAAAUACUUUUGUCACUGUAAUGAAUGUCAACUCAUCAUGUUUUGGGUUGUUUGUCGAUAGAAAUGAUACUCUUUACUGUUCAAUGUAUAAUCAUCAUCAAGUUGUGAAGAAAUCGUUGAAUGAUCAUGUGGUGACACCCGCUGCUGGUACAGGUAUUCUAGGAUUCGCCUCGAAUGAACUUUCUAUGCCGACUGGAAUCUUUGUCGAUGUGAACUUUGAUUUAUAUGUGGGAGAUUGUGUAAAUAAUCGAAUUCAGUUGUUUCAGUCAGGAGAAUCAUAUUGCAUCACAGUGGCUGGAAGUGGAUCAUCAAAUCCAACAAUUACACUUCUUAAUCCAACAGGAAUUGUCUUAGAUGCGGAGAAGUACUUAUUCAUUGUGGAUACUGGCAAUCAUCGCAUUGUUCGUUCAGGGUUGAAUGGUUUUCGAUGUUUAGUUGGAUGUCAUGGAAUGGGUUCACAAUCCAAGCAAUUGAAUGUACCAACUAGUUUUAGUUUCGAUCGUUCUGGAAACAUGUUUGUUACUGAUGAACAUAAUCAUCGAAUUCAAAAAUUUGUAUUGAUGAAAGAUUGUUUUGUGUGGCAUGAAGAGAAUGUUAAUCCAACAACGAUCAUUUCUGGCAGUUUUACCAAACCCCGUUCUCUCUUCGUAACAACGAAUGGUGAUAUAUAUAUUGAUAAUGGACAAACGAAUGGUGAAGUGCAGAAAUGGAUAGCCGAAACAAAUACUUUUGUCACUGUAAUGAAUGUCAACUCAUCAUGUUUUGGGUUGUUUGUCGAUAGAAAUGAUACUCUUUACUGUUCAAUGUAUAAUCAUCAUCAAGUUGUGAAGAAAUCGUUGAAUGAUCAUGUGGUGACACCCGCUGCUGGUACAGGUAUUCUAGGAUUCGCCUCGAAUGAACUUUCUAUGCCGACUGGAAUCUUUGUCGAUGUGAACUUUGAUUUAUAUGUGGGAGAUUGUGUAAAUAAUCGAAUUCAGUUGUUUCAGUCAGGAGAAUCAUAUUGCAUCACAGUGGCUGGAAGUGGAUCAUCAAAUCCAACAAUUACACUUCUUAAUCCAACAGGAAUUGUCUUAGAUGCGGAGAAGUACUUAUUCAUUGUGGAUACUGGCAAUCAUCGCAUUGUUCGUUCAGGGUUGAAUGGUUUUCGAUGUUUAGUUGGAUGUCAUGGAAUGGGUUCACAAUCCAAGCAAUUGAAUGUACCAACUAGUUUUAGUUUCGAUCGUUCUGGAAACAUGUUUGUUACUGAUGAACAUAAUCAUCGAAUUCAAAAAUUUAUAUAUGAGGAAAAUCUUUGUGGUAAGUUGAAGAAUAACCGAAUGAGGUCAUGA